AUGUUUUCCAAAGGUCUAUUUGUAGUUUUGGCUUUAGCGUGCGUUAUUGCUCCGGCCAAUGGACAAAGUUUGUUGUCUUUGUUGCCCGCCCAACUUCAAUGUAUGUUAACGUCAAUAAUAUAUUUUAAAAAAGUUCCGGCGUUACAUAACUUUAAUAAAAAAUAUUAUACACAUUAAGCUCUCUUGCCAUCAUCAGCAAUUUCUCCGCUCACACAAUUGACUCCUAAAGAUAUUCAAGUUGUUCAAGCCAUGAUUCAGCAAUUCCCUAGCUUCACCUCUAUUCAACAACUUCUUGAAACUUUGCAAUUGAACAGCCCCACCUUGUCUGCCAUGUUAAACCAAGCCAUUGCGGAAGGCAAGACUGUUUUGGCUGAAACUGAACCCAUGUUGACGCCACAGACACAACAAUUCCUUCAACAAGUAAGAAUAUCGUUUUUAAAAUUUUAAAAAAGAUUCUUUAUUAUAAAUUAUAAAAAACAAAAAAUGUUUAAUUAUGUUUUUAUUAUAUAUAAAAAAACUUUCAUUAUGGCAUUUUAUAGCUACUUGGUAAAAAUUCAUCAUAUUUAAGCUUACCGUUUUUAUAAAUUUAUUAUGACAUAUUAUAGUUACUCGGUAUUGGACAAGGCGCCGCCCAACAAGCACUUCAACUUGCACAAUCGCAGCCUCCAGCCGUUACAGCUAAUUUGCAAUCCACCUUCCCCAACCUCGCUUCUUUGGCUUCUAGUAAGUUAUGCAAUACAAUAUAGUGCCGCUUCUACAGGUGAUUUUAAAUUUGGGCAAACUUAUAAUAGGAUUACACUUAUCUCGUUUAUAUAUAUAUUCAUGAUUACUAGACAUAUCACUAAAAAUAAUAAUAAAAUUUAACAUUUCAGCCCCGGUUGCUCAACAAACUCUUCCUCUAUUGUUGCCUUCCUAA